AUUCAAAAUCAUACUGCCUUUGAAAUCCCCAGCAUUCACACUUACUUUUCGAACUUCAUACAUAUGUAUAUAUUUUUUUAGCUUUGACAAGCUCUGCACCAAAUUUACAAUGUUGGGGCCGGAGGUACUAGACGAGGAGUUUGAAUGCCUGCGUCGCAUUGCACAGGCAAUUUGUCAGACCCUCGCAAGGCCUAAGGAUCGCGAGAUCUGCCGGAGCACCCUCGACGAAGUAGCCAAGUUCAAUCAGUCGCCAUCUAUUAGGGUCAAGGAGAAUGUGCACAAGUUUAUGGUCUUCUACCUGAAAGUGCUGAGAUGGACGCAAAAAAAUCAACCGCUGACUAUAUACGAGAAAUGGUACGGCAAGAGCUCGGGUAAUGAUUCGGCCUCGGCUGACUCUGAAGAAAUGCGCGUUUGGUUGCAGGAGGGAACAUCAUUCUUCGCCAUGAAAACCUUCGAAGAUGGAUCCACGAUGGUUUAUACCGCAGUGGCCAAGGAUCCAAAGGCUGGUUGGGCAGAAUUCGGCCUAAAGUCCCUGAUGGAUAUGCAGAACGGUUGUAAAAUAUCUAAAUGAUCUUGUGUAAAAACUCAUUUCGGAGACAUAUAUUUCGACUGUGGGUGUAUUGCUCGAGA